AUGUGGCUAUGGCACAAUUCUAGCGGUCUAUUCGUUGAUGAGAAAGGGAGGCCCUUGCAGAAGCUGUCUACAAGCACCAAGUCUCGUGCAGCUAAGCAGCAGAAGGGUAAAGAGUCAGCCGAGGAUGACCCCAUGGUUUCCUUCCACGAGGACCUAGAGUCAUUCCGAAAAGAAGUUGACCGUGCCAUGGAACGUGAUCCUUAUGGUACUCUGUUCGGACGCAGACUCUGGAGCCCGCCUUCCUCCAACAACAUGUCGUGGACAACCUUUUCUUGGUUCGCUGAUCCGAAAGAGAUCAAAGACAACCCUGCAGAUCAGCAGCCUUCACAGCCGUCUGCUGAUAUGACCUCUUCCUCAAGCACGAGUACUGCAGGAUCAGGGCCAUCGAGUCCACGUUCUCAGGCUUCAUCGCCGCAGACAUCGCGGUCGACCCCUACGAGCGGCGACGUUUAUGUCUAUGACCCGAUCAUUGGCCGUAAGGUGCUCAAGCCGAGGAGCGAGAACAACACAGCCUCGAGCAACGAGUCAUUCAAAGCUGAUGAUGGCUUCGCGAAAGUCUUCGAUGACGCCGUGCAGCGGAUCGACAACACUAUCAGCUCCUUCAGCCAGACUGUGCAGCGGAUCGACAAGACCAUCAGCUCCGCCGGCCAGACUGCGCACGACUUCGCAUCUCCGUCCACCGGCAAGGUCAGACAAAGUCUGGAGUCGGCCGCAAAAUCAUCCGAAUCUACCUAUACCCCGGAUGGACCUCGAAAAUCCAUUUUCGAGACUUUGUUUGGCGAGAACAAUGCCGUUGACAUCCCAGUCAAGAAAUACGUGCCACCCAAGGUCUAUGGCUAUGGCGACAAGACUGCUACUACGACCGAGUCGGAAACAGCGACGUCAGCCGUAAAGAAAUCAGCUUUUGAGAACUCACGCAAGCGAGAGUUCCAAGCCUUGAGAGCUGCUACCUUGGGCAACACGAUUGACACGUCUGCUGAAUUCCAUGGAAAGUACGCGGACGCCAGCGCAGUCGUCCCGCCCGAGAAGACAUCAACUAAUGAUCCAGAGCCGACGCAGCCACAGCCAGAUCCUGCUCCAUUUACCGGAACGACUUAUGCGGGCAGAGCUGCGGCUAUUCUGAAUACUAGUGGCAAGUCUCGUUGGUUGCAGAAGGAGGGCUUCACGGGAUCGAAGGAAGCAACACAGACCCCUACUGACUCGCCCAAGUUCACUUUUGAGAAGUUACAACCUGCACUAGACCGAUCCAAUGUCACAUCUAAGAAGCCGGACGUACUGCAGCCGGCUUUGGAUAGAAGCACGAAGGCCAAGCGCGUUAUCAGUCCUGCUGAGCUAUCGUCGAAAGCUGAGGCGUAUGAGAAGAAGGUCGACGCAGCCGAAAAGGCGGAGGAUAUUGAUCUUCUGCGUUCGAGCGAUGUGCGACGUCAGAUACCAGCCAAGUCGGUGCGGACCAAGCAGGAUAUCGAGACUCUGAGAAAAGCGAGAAGACGAAGUCUGGAAAAGCACUUCAAUUCUAAUCAGAACCAGACAGACCCUCCGACCAUGCCCUCAGUGGCAGCACCGCUCAACACUCUUUGGAAACACGUGGAGAACAACCCGGCAGGAAUAGUCGCAAAGACACUGAGGUCACUCAAUCUAAGCACCGAAAAGCCUGCCAGCGAACCCAGAAAGAAGUCCAUUACCCCAGUAGAAUCCUCAUCACCGGUCUCUGCACCUCUAGCUCAGUCUGAGAAGAAGAUCUCAGCAUCUGUGAUACACACCGAGCUCGCCAAGCCUCAUCCGCUCAGCGAGGCUACCGUCAAGGAGGGUGUGCCCCGCUAUCCCGAAAUUGAGAACCAUACAAGGGUCUUCGAGCCGCGCUAUGCUCAGCUGAAGGAACAGUUGAAGGACGUCCGAAAGACUCUGUACUAUUCCAAACUCGAGCUGGCGAGUAUGAGACGGCGGACGGCUUCAGCACUUCUAACCAAAUUCGAAAAUUGGUCUGUUGAUAGCCGAGAGGGGCACAUCAAUCGACUAAGGCAGCAAGCAGAGACUCUGCGUAAGGCCAGAGAUGUAGCCAAAGGGCGGCGUGAGGUCGAAGAGGCAAUGGCAGACUUGGGCAAACAGUGGCGUGAUUCAGAGGCCGAGAGGCUCGCUGAAUAUGCCAAGGUCCCAUUGAUAGAAGAGGAUGGUUCAGCGGCGGGUUUCGAUGAGCCUGUGUUCACGGAAAAGAAGAAGACUGCAGCACAACCCGAGGUUGUGGAGCCAGCGAAAGCCCAGGCAACUGGACCCGUUAAGAGAGACACCGAUCCCAGAAGCCUGGACGAGCCCGUCGGCUCGCACUCUCCAUCGCCAGCCAAGAGUGAGAGCGCUCCUGUCCUGAAGGUCGAGCCUCCGAUCUUCACUCCAGCAGAGUCCAAAGUGUGGAACGACGAGCAGCCCCCUCCCAUCGCAGAGCUGAAAGCCGCAAUCGCCCAGCAGUUCACCUCGCCAUUCGUCAUGCUCAUCAACAACGGCAAGAGCGGAGUCCGCGCCGUUCCAGCACCCAACCUACCGCAUCUUGCAGGCCGCAAGGCAGCCAACCCGUUCGAGGUCCUCGCCGCACUCGACCAGGCGAAAGCGGCAGAGUUUCUCGCAUACUUUCCCAGGCUACAACAAGCGGGCUACGAGCUUGUGGGCGGCGACGCGAAUAAGUUGACCUUCAGAAAGACACCUCCUGCUGUAGCGCCAGCCGAGAAGAAGAAAGCAGCCACAGUCCUGGACGAGAUCCCCGCAGAGAUCGAUCCUCCGGGUCCAUCAGCACCCAUCCCGCCUCCGGCCUCCUCGAGCCGCAUCUCAGAGCGGGCGGACCUUCUGAAGCGCCAGCCACCCGUCCGGCGACAGGAGCAGGUCUUUUCCGGCACGACUACGGCGCCACCUCGACCUUCCGCGGCGAAGGCGGCGGCAGCAGAGUCGAAGGCGGCGGCGAUGGCGGCGGCAGAUGAGCUUCUUUCCUCGCGACCGUUCGCGCGCUUCGUCCGCGCAUUCCAACGUGUAACGUACACAAUAAUUACCCUCGCGGCCGGCACGUACACGAUCGGUCUCAUCUCGGAGGGAGUGGGCGCGCAGGCGCAAGUCGAGGGUGGAGUGCAUGGGCCCAGGAAGAGGAUCGUCUUACCGGUGCAGGAAGUUGAUGGUGGGGCAGUGAGGGGGACGAGGCCUGGCAUAUACAGCACAGAGAGCUCGCGGUGA